GUCGGACGCGCGCCUCCAAGGAGAACAUGUAGUACUAGUAUGUCUCUGUGCGUCCCACGAAAGUGGCCCCAGGGAAGGGGUCGGGAGUUUCGGGGCCGUGAGUUGUAAGCACCACGUCGUCGGAUGUCUGGGCGCACGGGGUGCGUUCAUUGCAGGAGGGGCCUCGGCUUCGGCGCGUCUCGCCUUCGGCGGGCGCAGGCGGAAGGUCGGCGGAAGGCUCCAGGCCUUUAGACGGGGUCGGAGUGGAUGGGGUCGGCGAUACAGCUCGAUGUGGAGCGUCAUUUUCUCUACGCCGGCGUCGCUGAUGCACCACCGACGUCGCCGAUGCAUCGUCGAUGCAUCGGCGAUGCGGCGCGAUCCUCCGACCCUAUCUAUUCGGACCCUACCUGGGAGGCCUCUAAAGGCGGCGGAAGCAACCGCGAGAAGUCCACAUGUUUGGAGUCAGGGCUGCUGGAACCUGCCGUGUAGCUGAUCUGCCGCAACCCGUUGGCGAACACCCCUCUCGCCCCUUCGAUUCGCCAGGACGGCAGGAGCCUGCCGCUGUCGGCCCGCACAGCUGGCACAGCGAGUCCGCCGGGAGCUGCCUGCCUGGCGCGCCUUGGGGCUGGGGCGAGGCUGGCGGAAGCCGAUCGACUUCGAGCCGAGCAAGUACGGCAUUAAGAGGACGCGCCCUGCUGGUCUCGGCGCCCUCGCACGGACCAGAGCCCCUCUCCGCCGCGCCAGGGACCCCGACCUGUGGGGGGAGUGAGGCGCCCGGGCGCGCGCGCGCGCGGGUGCCGCGCAGGUGCCGCGGAGCGUCGGGCUGGGGCAGAGCGGUGGGCGUCGGAUCAUGUUGUUGGGCCGCCCCUUUGUAGGGUCUUGCCUUUCCGAGGUCCAGUCUGCUCUCCGGGCCCCCUGCACGUGCGCUGAUCCAUCUCGGAGGCUCGGAGGCUUCUUGGCGAUGCCCUCGGAGCUCGACGCCCGCGCCGAUUCUGCAUCGCAGAGCGACCUCCACGGAGACGGCUGCUCUCGGCCCCUCGAGCGCGGAGCUCAGCAGUGUCUAUAGCCCUAGAGCCUCGCCUUUCCUUACGCGUCCUCCUCCUCGCCGCGUCCCGCCGGGUGCGUCUCACCGCCGCCGCGGCAACACGCUCGCGGCGGCCGCUCUGACGAGGGCCUCCUCGAGAGCUGCCGUGCUGCCUUAGAGAGACCCUUGCUGGGCGACCGGGCUGCCCGCGGCACGCCGACUGGCGCUCCGCCGCCCCUGCGCCCGCUCGCCCAGCUGUCGCCGGAUCCCCGCGUGCUGCCUGGGGCAA